AUGGCUAGCACGGCGGCGUCGAAGAAGGCGGCGAACCGGCUGGUGGUGGAGGAGGCCGCCACCAACGACGACAACUCCGUGUGCAACCUCCACCCGGCCACAAUGGAGAAGCUCUCCAUAUUCCAGGGCGACAUCGUGCUGCUCAAGGGCAAACGCCGCCACAACACGGUCUGCAUGGCACUGCCCGACGACACCUGCGAGGGGCACAAGCUCAGGAUCAACAAGGUGGCCCGCUCCAACCUGCGCGUGCACAUCGCCGACGUCGUGUCCGUGCACCUGUGCCACGACGCCAAGUUCGGCAAGCGCGUGCACAUCCUCCCUCUGGACGACACCGUCGAGGGCAUCACGGGCAACCUCUUCGACGCCUACCUCAAGCCCUACUUCGUGGACGCCUUCCGCCCGGUCCACAAGGGCGACCUCUUCCUCGUGCGCGGCGGCAUGCGGAGCGUCGAGUUCAAGGUCAUGGAGAUCGACCCCGUGGCGGACUACUGCGUCGUGGCGCCCGACACGGAGAUAUUCUGCGAGGGCGAGCCCGUCAAGCGGGAGGACGAGGAGAGGCUGGACGAUGUCGGCUACCACGACGUGGGUGGCAUGGGGAAACCGUUGACUCUGAUCAGGGAGCUCGUCGAGUUGCCACUCAGGCAUCCGCAGCUUUUCAAGUCCAUUGGCGUCAAGCCUCCCAGGGGCAUCCUCCUCUACGGCCCUCCCGGGUCGGGCAAGACUCUGAUCGCCCGUGCGGUGGCCAACGAGACCGGGGCCUUCUUCUUCCUCAUCAACGGCCCGGAGAUAAUGUCCAAGAUGGCCGGAGAGAGCGAGAGCAACCUGAGGAAGGCCUUCGAGGAGGCCGAGAAGAACGCGCCCUCCAUCAUCUUCAUCGACGAGAUCGACUCCAUCGCUCCUAACAGGGAGAAGACUCACGGCGAGGUUGAGAGGCGCAUCGUCUCCCAGCUGCUGACUCUGAUGGACGGCAUGAAAGCCCGCGCGCACGUCAUUGUCAUGGGCGCCACAAACCGUCCCAACAGCAUCGACCCCGCCUUGAGGCGCUUCGGGAGGUUCGAUCGUGAGAUCGACAUUGGCGUGCCGGACGAGGUCGGGCGUCUCGAAGUGCUCCGCAUCCAUACCAAGAACAUGAAGCUGGACGAGGACGUCAACCUUGAGGUGGUUGCCAAGGAUACGCACGGCUACGUCGGCGCCGACUUGGCCGCGCUCUGCACUGAGGCGGCGCUGCAGUGCAUCAGGGAGAAGAUGGACGUGAUCGACUUAGAGGACGAUACCAUUGAUGCCGAGAUCUUGAACUCCAUGGCCGUCACCAAUGACCACCUUAAGACGGCUCUCGUCGGCACCAACCCCCUCGACGGCGUCAAGAGGGAGCUGCAAGAGACCGUUCAGUACCCGGUGGAGCACCCGGAGAAAUUCGAAAAGUUCGGCAUGUCACCGUCCAAGGGCGUCCUCUUCUACGGGCCACCGGGAUGUGGCAAGACCUUGUUGGCGAAGGCGAUCGCCAAUGAGUGCCAGGCCAACUUCAUCAGCAUCAAGGGGCCAGAGCUGCUCACCAUGUGGUUCGGCGAGAGCGAGGCCAACGUGCGCGAGAUCUUCGACAAGGCGCGUCAGUCUGCGCCGUGCGUGCUCUUCUUCGACGAGCUGGACUCCAUCGCUACCCAAAGGGGCGGCAGAGUGGGCGACGCCGGUGGCGCGGCGGACAGGGUCCUGAACCAGCUGCUCACUGAGAUGGACGGCAUGAACGCCAAGAAGACUAUCUUCAAGGCCUGCCUCCGGAAGUCUCCCGUGGCCAAGGACGUCGACCUCGGUGCACUCGCUAGGUUCACCGCCGGCUUCAGCGGCGCCGAUAUCACAGAGAUCUGCCAGAGGGCGUGCAAGUACGCCAUCAGAGAAGACAUUGAAAAGGACAUGGAGAGGCAGAGGAUGGGGAAAGACACCAUGGAGGUGGACGGCGGUCAGGAAGACGAGGUGGCUCAGAUUAAGGCGUCUCACUUCGAGGAGUCGAUGAGGUACGCGAGGCGGAGCGUGAGCGAUGCUGACAUCAGGAAGUACCAGGCGUUCGCGCAGACGCUGCAACAGUCUAGGGGGUUCGGCACCGAGUUCCGCUUCCCAGCGCAGCCACAGGCGGCAGAAGCUGCUGUCCACACCUCCGUGGCAGCUGCUGCUGAUGAGGAUGAAGACGAUCUUUACAAGUGA